UAUAACUCACUUCAUACGGCAGAGCUGAUCUGGAAUAUCUACAACGAUGUCUCCCAAGUUUCUCCUCUAUUUGGCAGUCGUGGCGGCUUUAGUUAUAGUCAGUGCACCCGCGGCAGAGGGAACGGUAUUCCUGUCAUUAUGCCUCCUGAGGUCACCUCUGUGUCCAUUCUUUACCACUACUCCACAGUGCCUUACGGGGAAAACUUGGAGCCCAGUUACCAAAAUUUGUGGUUGAAGAAUAUUACGUCAACAAAAUUCGUUAGCGAAUUAUAAUUAAGUUGAAGUCGUCAAUAAAAUUAUGAAAAG